CUUCUUCGUCUUCUUCGUCUUCUCUUCUCCCAAAUUUCUAAAACCCUAAUUGUCGGAUAUUGGUUUUCUUUUCUCUUGUGAAUCCUCCUUUUUUUCUGUUGAAUUAACCACAAAAAACAGUUGCUUGAUUUACUCUGGAAUCGCGAUUUUGGUCGACCGAUUGAUGGGUCGCGACUCAGUGACUUCCCUGGCUCCUGGGUUCCGAUUCCACCCGACGGACGAAGAACUCGUUCGAUACUACCUGAAGCGCAAGAUCUGCAACAAGCCCUUUAGGUUCGACGCUAUCUCCGUCAUCGACAUUUACAAAUCCGAGCCGUGGGAUCUCCCAGACAAGUCGAAGCUGAAGAGCAGGGACUUGGAGUGGUACUUCUUCAGUGUGCUGGAUAAGAAGUACGGAAACGGUUCGAAGACGAAUCGGGCAACAGAGAAAGGGUACUGGAAAACGACGGGGAAGGAUCGAGAGAUUCGCAAUGGGUCAAGGAUCGUGGGGAUGAAGAAGACGCUUGUUUACCACAGGGGCCGAGCUCCUCGUGGGGAGAGAACCAACUGGGUCAUGCACGAGUAUCGUCUUAUCGACGAGGAGCUCGGGAAAACAGGCGUUGCUCAAGAUGCGUAUGUGUUGUGUAGGAUAUUUCAGAAAAGUGGAUCAGGUCCUAAGAAUGGUGAACAGUAUGGAGCUCCAUUUAUUGAGGAGGAAUGGGAGGAUGGUGGUGAUGAGAUGAUGAUGAUGCUUGUUCCUGAUCAAGAUGCAUUGCCCGAGGGAUUGGCUUUCGAUAACGAUGAUGAUUUUUACGUCGACAUUGAUGAACUUGAUCAGAAGCCCGAUAACGUUGAGAUUUAUGAUGCCAUUCCUCUGGCAUCAAACUUUUAUCCCGGGGAAUCGAGCAACAACAUUGAAUCGGGCAACUACUCUGAUACUGGAAAUUACAUCCAGCCAGGAAACUAUGUGAAAGACUCCCCUGAUGAAGAUCAGAAGCCUAUAAUUCGUACCGAUGGCAUUCAGCCUGUCUCGAUGUUGCCUGAUGAACUAACUGGAUGUGAUGUCCAAGAAGAAAAUGCAGAAAACUCACUAACCUCGAACGAUAUAUUUGCAGCCGAGGGUAAUUACGUCAGUGUUCCUGAUGAUCAGUUUUUGCUCGGACAGCCAUUCGUGGAUGCUGACCACGAUCUUCCAUCGAAUGAUGGGAUGUACCUGGAAACCAAUGAUCUCGGAACUACGACUCAUCAAGAUAGUUUAAACUUUGAAGAUUAUCUUACCUUCUUCGAUAUCGAUGAUGAGAUUACUGCACAAUUGAGUUUUGAUGCUUCUCAGUUGGUCGGGACUGAAGAUUCUGUUCCUCGCCUGGAGGACCUCACCGAAAAGGCUGAACGCGAGGGAUUGGAGAAAGAGACGACGACAUGCGAACACUUGGUGGAAGGUAAGGACAAGGAUGAAGCAUCUUGUUCAAAACAUGAUCCAGAUGCCACACCGUUCGAGUCAGAUUCCAAGUACCCGUUCCUCAAGAAAGCUAGCCACAUGCUGGGCGGAAUUCCUGCUCCGCCCGCAUUCGCUUCAGAGUUCCCGACAAAGGAUGCUGCUAUCCGUCUACACUCAGCCGCACAAUCUUCUGGAUCGGUUCAUGUGACAGCAGGUAUGAUAAGAAUAUCAAGCAUGACUGUAGCUGAAGGCAGCGGCAUGGACUGGUCAUACGGCAAGAACGGAAACCUCAAUGUCGUCUUCUCGCUGGGGUUGGUGCAAGGAGCAGAUACGGGUUUGUCGGGCAAGACAGGGGCUACAUUAUCAAGGGCAAUGUUGAUCUUGGUGUGCUUCUGGGUCCUAAUAUUAUCAGUUAGCUUCAAAGUAGGAACCAUUGUCUCCGCCAGGUGAUGACCGAUGAGCUUUUCUUUCGGAUGUCUUUCCCAGAAUGGUCUCUUGAGGCUUCUUUUUUUGGGUGUUUUGUACCAAAUAAUAUAGGCCUCUACUUGCAGCCUGCUUGCUGCUCUCUUCAUGCCCUU